AUGUUUGCCCCGCUCUUUAUCUUUGUCUUGCUCCUGGAACCCUCCAGUGCACUGUAAGUUUACCUUAUAUCAAUUUUGCCUUUUGAAAGCCUUAAAAUUUUAAAUCAAGUCACAAAUUAAAAAAAUCAACAAAAUCUUUUCUAACGACGUCUCUAUUCAGUUUUUAACGACCAUUUUAUGACAAAAAACAAACGAUUUUGUCAUAAUUUUUAAUUUUUUUCACAGAAAUGGUAUUCUUACAAUUUUCUGGUCCGUUUAAAGAUCUUGCAUACCACCGGCUAAAAUUCACAAAGACUUUUUUAAAUCUUAAUUUCUUGCUAAUUUUUAUCAUCAGACCAGUCGAAGACGUCCUUCCUCCCUGCAACAGCACCAGUAGGUAUUGUCCCCACGGAAGAGCGGUAAGUCGGGAAAACAAAGUGCAAUAAAAAGUUUUACGUUUAGUUUUUUAGUCUAGUUUAGUUUUAUUUAUUUAUAAUGAUGAUUUGUGGUGGUAUUAUCACACGAAUUUUCUCCGAAAAUAAUUUUUUUUUAGAAUAGCAACAUUUUUUACCAGGCAUUUUUUUAAUUGCAGGUCUACGCCAAGGAUUACAACACGGAUUACUUGGGCCCCAUUCCGAAUGCCGCCGAUUACAAGGAUGUCUUGGAUGACGUCGUGGUCCCCCGGAAAAUUGCCUUCAGAAAAAGCGACGAAGAAAAAGCACGGCGCCGAUUCGAUAACUUCGAGGAUAAGAACAACUACCCUGCCUUCAUCACCCCUUAA